AGAGAGAGAGAGAGCGAGUGCCUUCAGCAUAUCUUGUCUGACUGAACUUUAUGGCGACUCCUCUUUUUUUUUUUUUUUUUUUCCUCUCUUUAUUUAUCUUUUGAAUAAUUUUUUAUCUUUUCUUUUGUCUAUAUUUUAAGUUGAAUGCUUUCAUAUGAAUCUUCAAUUCAGUUACGCGUUGAGCAGUACUCAAAAAGUAACGAAGCAAAUUCUUUCACUCAAAAUCAAAUACCCUUUUUUACUUGUGUUUUCUGAGUAGCUUUUGAAAGAAUUGUGAAGAUCAAGCCUUUGAAAUUUUUGGGGUUUAUUAUUAUUGAGGUCCAAACAAGGAGGUCACGAGUUCGAGCGGUGGAAAUAGCAUUUUGCGGAAAUGCAGGAUAAGGCGGCAUACAAUAGACCCUUGUGGUCCGACCCUUCCCCGGAACCCCGCAUACCGGGAGCUUAGUGCACCGGCUGCCCCUCUUUUGAAUUGGAAUCUUGAGUUGUUGUUAUUCCAGACAAUUCUGUUUGAGAUUUUAUUGCUUGUGUUGAGAUUGUUUAAGCAUUUGUUCAAUGGUUCUUUUGGAAAAUAUGGUUUUUUGCUAAGCCUUGUUUUGAGGCGGAUACGAGAUUUGAACUUUAUGGGUUCGAGAACAAUUAUUUUGUACUUAUUUAGUGAAGUUUUUGACAUUUAUACAGGGUCGGAGCCAAAGCUAUUGGGUUCGGAUGAAACCAUAGGUUGAACUCGACAUCCGCACCUGGCUUUUGUGGAGCAGUAGCUUACAACUUUAGAGGAUUUGGGACAACUCUUUGAGUAGGUCUUUAGGUUUGUUGAUUAUGGGUUGUGUUUGUGGGAAAGCUUCUCGGGCUUUCAAAGAUAGGCGAGACGGCCAAAAGACGAGAGAAUUAGCUAAAGGGGCAUCAACUGUGGUGUCAAAGAGAAGAGAAAGUUUCAGGGUGAAAGAGAAGUUGGAAAGUGGGGAUGCUGAGGUUGGUUCUUUCGGUAGGAAAGGUAAUGGAUCUAAAAGGGUCGGGGACGAUCAUUAUGUGAAAAUAAAACAAAAGCUUGAAGUUUCUGUGAAUAGUUUUGCAGGAUAUGGAGUUGUCCCGAAAGCCACGGAGGCGGAGUUGAUUGCUGCCGGAUGGCCUUCUUCGCUUGCUUCUGUGGCCGGUGAAGCUAUUAACGGAUGGCUUCCACGCAAGGCUGAUACUUUCGAGAAAUUAGACAAGAUUGGCCAAGGAACUUAUAGUAGUGUAUACAAGGCUCGUGACCUAGUUAAUGAUAAAGUCGUUGCGCUCAAAAGAGUGAGGUUCGAUAAAAUGGAUCCUGAAAGUAUCAAAUUUAUGGCAAGGGAGAUUGUUAUUCUGCGGAGGCUUGAUCAUCCAAAUAUCAUCAAAUUGGAAGGUUUAGUUGUAUCAAGAGCAUCUUGUAGUCUGUACCUUGUCUUCGAGUACAUGGAACAUGAUCUAACUGGAUUGGCGUCUGUUCCCGGUAUUAAAUUUACAGAGCCGCAGGUUAAAUGUUACAUGCGGCAGCUUUUAAGUGGACUUGAUCAUUGCCAUAAUCGGGGUGUUCUGCAUCGGGAUAUCAAGGGUUCUAAUCUUCUCAUUGACAACAAUGGCGCUUUAAAGAUUGCUGAUUUUGGGUUGGCGAACUUUUUCGAUAACCAGCAAAGUGUUCCAUUAACAAGCCGUGUUGUGACUCUUUGGUAUCGACCGCCAGAGCUAUUACUUGGAGCGAGUCAUUAUGGAGCUGCAGUAGACUUGUGGAGUACUGGCUGUAUACUUGGAGAAUUAUAUGUCGCCAAGCCUAUAAUGCCCGGUAGGACAGAGGUGGAGCAACUACAUAAAAUCUUUAAGCUUUGUGGUUCACCAACUGCGGAUUAUUGGGAAAAAACAAAACUAUCUUAUUCAGCAGUAUUUAAACCUGUACAGCCUUACAAACGGCGUAUUGGGGAAAGAUUUAAGGUGCUUCCUCCAUCUGCUGUUGGGUUACUAGAGACAUUACUUUCUAUCGAUCCUUCACUUAGAGGAACAGCAGCUGGCGCUCUUGAGAGUGAGUUCUUCACCACAAAGCCAUUUGCUUGUGAUCCUUUAACUUUGCCGACAUAUCCUCCCAGCAAGGAAAUUGAUGCCAAAUUGCGGGAAGAGGAAGCUAAAAGGCAAGCCAAUGCAAAUGGAUCAAAAGAACGUCAAGCAGCUCCAGCAGAUGAUGCUAAUGCCAAGUUGGCAAGGUCAAUGCAGCAGGGGAAGCAGAGCAGUUCCAAUCCUAAGAGCCAAAGUGAUCGGUUCAAUCCCCAGAAGGUAGCUGCUUCUGGCUUUCGAAAUGAUCCACCUAAAGCAUCACAAGCAGUGAAAGAAACUGUCAACAAUCACCUCGAGAACCUUUCAGAGAGAUUUUCAGCCAACGAGGAUCUCUCGGAGACAUUUUCUCAUUCAGUCCCUCUGGCUCUAGGGGUUGGGGGCGCAAAAUCUGGGACGAAAUAUGAUGAUAUUUCUAUUGGUCUGAAUAGAGCCGACCUAUCAAACUUUGCAGCAUCCAGGUCCGUUGUGUCUGGAGAUGCUCACGAUACAGCCCGUCAAGUAGACAGGCGAGUGCGGCUGCUAGAUGAACAUUCCAGGAAGCAGGACGGGAAGUAUCUCACGCAGAACUAUACCAGUUCUCAUCAAUUUGAAAGUGGAAGGACCAGUUCGAAGGAGGCAAAUCUAAACGACCAUGGUUACGAGGGAAACAAGAUCUAUUUUUCUGGUUCACUACUAGCUCAAUCAAGUAAAGUAGAUCAAAUGCUUAAAGACCAUGAUCGUCAGAUCCAGGAAGCUACACGGCGAGCGAGGCUGGAGAAGGCGAGAGCAGGUCAAGCUCAGGCUCGAGGAAUGUGAAGAACAUUUAAUUUUCUCUCUCUCUCUCUAUAUAUAGUUUAGGAACAAGGUAGAUAAGCAUAUAAAGAGUAGAUAGAUUUUUCUUGUAAAAGCACAAGUAGGUAAAUGUACAGUUUGUUUGAGGAAUUGUUGUAUUAUUCUUAUAGAAUUAGGAGAUCAUCAGGUCAACAUGAACAUAGUCAAAUUGGCAGCUACAAAUGCAGGACAUACCAUUCUUUUUUGUAUUAACUUUUACGGUUAAUAUGUGUUUUUACACAUUCAUGCUUUUCUUACACCGAGGGUCUAUCGGAAGCAGCCUUUGUAUCUCAUAUGGGUUAAGGUUUGCG